UAAUAUUAUGGGGUUUCUAGCACUUAGGGUUCUUCGUUUAUCCUAUGUUGACUUAUUGGGAGACGGCUAUUUGGUAAAAGAUUUUCUGGAAAACUGCCCUUCCCUUGAGGAGCUGACUUUGUUAGACUGCGUGUUAAGCAAACUUGAUCUUCUUUGUAUUUCAUGCCCUAAGCUCAAGAAGCUUAGCAUUCUUAACCUGGACAAUAUGGAUGAUGGCAUGAGUGGUGGCAUUAAGAUUUCAUGCCCAAAACUUGUGGAUUUGGAUUUAAAAGGUCUUAUAGCAAAUAAUUUUUUCUUUGAAUGUCUUGACUCCUUGAAUAAAGCUGAGCUUGAACCUAAAUUCAUGGGGAACAUCAAAUAUGUGUUGUUUCCUGGAAUUUCUCAUGUCGAACAUUUGUUGAUCGACCUUAACUUCUUCAGUCAGUGCGUUUUUGCUGCAUGCGAUCCAGCCCUACGUAAUAUGAAGACUCUGGUGCUAACCACAUCAAUUGAUGCCUUCACCAUGGAUGAAUUCAUUCGAAUUCUCAAAUAUUACCCCAAAAUAGAGUCUCUCAAGUUAAUUGUUAGAGAGAAAUUUGAUGAACCAGAAGAGUGGGAGUUGCAUGAAGGCGAAGCAAGGAGACUCAUGACUCCAGAUGUGAAGAGGGUUGAGUUUUUUGAAUUUAAGGGAGAAAAGUCGAAAUUCAUUUCAGAUUGGGAGGAAGAUGUAUAUAUGGAAAUGGUUUUUAGUUGGGGUACCAAAGGCAAGUACUUUUAGUAUAGAUUAUGAUGUUACAAGCUUUCUAGUAAACCAUAAGUAGCACCUACCUAUUCAUGUAAUAGGGUAAAUAGACUUCUUGAUUAGAUUUGGAAUUUUGCUUCAUGGUGUUUUAGUUUCGGCUAUAACUAUAACUAGAUAAUACUUGUUUCGGUUCUA